UUCUUCGCCAUAUCAAUCCUUCCGUUGACUUUUUGAAUCUGAUAGUUUAAACCCCUCAUACCAUGGUCCUUGUCCCAUGACCAAAACCUCCGCCUAUUCUAUGACCAUUUUCCUCCCGACAUGAACGCCGUCUCCGGCUCCGGCACUGGACAUGGCAACGGCAGGGACUACAUCGGUGGACUCGGGUAUGGGAUUGGCGUCUCUGUCGGAAUCCUCCUUCUCAUCACUGCCUUCACCCUAGCUUCCUACCUCUGCACACGCGGCCUCCAGGUCCUCCAUCCUACCGGGGUCGGCCGCCGCCCAGCCCAUCAGCCCCAGACGCCCCUUGAGGAGCAGUUCACGGUGGUCGAGGUGGGGCUCGACGAGGCCACCAUAAGGAGCUACCCGAGGCUGCUCUAUGCAGAGGCAAUGGCAACGAAGGCCCAGCAGAGCCCACGUUACAGCUCAACCGACACAUCCUGCUGCUCGAUCUGCUUGAUGGACUAUAAGGCGGCAGACGAGCUCCGAGUGCUGCCCGAAUGCAGCCACCUCUUCCAUCAGAAGUGCGUGGAUCCGUGGCUGAGGCUGCAUGCGACGUGUCCCGUCUGCCGGAACUCUCCUAUGCCAACGCCGUUCUCCACUCCUCUUGCGGAGGUGGUCCCGCUGGCGAGCCACCGCACAUGAGCUGUCGUCUUACAGCGCCCCCGAUCGAAGGAUAUUUUUUUUUUCCCCCGAUGUAUUUCUUAGGUGGACUUUCCGGUUUGAGCCAUGAGGCCCUCUUUUUUCCCUCCAAAAAAUUAAUUAA